AUGAGCCAGAGCGACGAAUUCAGUGCCUCAACCUAUCGAAUGCCUAAUAAGGAUGGCGAUGUGGAUAAAACGGUGAAAACUGCCAGUGGUGGAGAAGUAGUUGGAGAUGAGGAAGAUGUUGUGACAGACCCAUUUGCGGCGCCGUUGAAACGGCAGCUCAAAUCGCGACAUUUGCAGAUGAUUGCGAUCGGAGGAAUCAUUGGACCCGGAUUACUUGUGAGCUCUGGUAAUGCGCUGCAUGAAGGAGGGCCUGCGGGCUCCCUAAUCAGCUUUUGCCUGGUUGGUAUAAUUGUAUUCUUUGUCAUGCAAUCUUUGGGUGAAAUGGCAACAAUAAUUCCUGUUACUGGGUCGUUCACAGAGUAUGCUGCCCGUUUUAUCGACGAUGCGUUAGCAUUUGCACUAGGGUGGGCAUAUUGGUAUUUAUGGGUGACUGUUCUCGCAAAUGAAUACAACUCAGUCUCCCUAGUCAUCCAAUAUUGGACCACCGCCGUGCCACAAUGGGGAUGGAUUCUUAUAUUCUGGUUUUUAUUUUUAACUCUCUCGAACCUAGGAAUUCUGGCAUACGGAGAAAUGGAAUUCUGGCUUUCUGUAAUCAAGGUUCUUGCUCUCAUCGUCUUCUUCAUUCUGGCAAUUUGCAUCAGUACCGGUGGAAUCGGUCCACAAACCAUCGGAUUCAAAUACUGGGAUCAUCCUGGAGCAUUUGCAGAUGGGAUCAAUGGUGUAGCGAAGACAUUCGUGGUGGCCGGCACAAUAUUCUUCAUCGGUAUUCUCAUCCCAUGGAAUGAUAAACAGCUUCUGGGCAAUGGCUCAAAAACUGCCAGCUCGCCAUUAACAAUCGCACUUACCGAUGCCGGCAUCCUCCCAGCGGCACAUCUGAUCAACGCCCUCAUCGUAAUUAGUGUGAUUUCCGCAGGAAACAGCUCGCUAUACGUCGCGUCAAGAACACUACUCUUCAUGUCUCGUAAUGGCAAAGCACCGAAAUUCAUCGGUCGCACGAAUCGUGCCGGCGUACCCUGGGUUGGAUUAAUAUUCACCAACGUUUUUGCAUGCAUUGUUUUCCUAGAACAAUCAUCCAGUGCUGGAACUGUGUAUUCGGCUCUUAUUACUUUAUCCGGUGUGGCCACAUUUAUCGUCUGGUCCGUGAUAGGGGUCUGCCAUAUCCGCUUUCGUCGUGCAUUAGUGGCGCAGGGCGAAGACCCUUCGAAACUUCCAUAUCAGGCCGCGUUUUAUCCUUAUGGGACAUAUCUUGCUCUGGCGGGGAAUAUCUUCCUCGUCUUUUUCCAGGGGUAUACAUGCUUUUUGAACCCGUUCAGCUCUACAGACUUUGUGAUCAACUAUAUCUUGUUGCCUGUAUUUGUUUUAUUCUUCGUGGUGUACAAAGUGUGGAAUAAGACCAAGUUUGUCCGGCUGGAAGAUAUGGAUAUUUGGACAGGAAGAAGGGAGUUUGUCGAAGAGGAUGCGGAUGAGGUGGACAACUCAGGAUGGUGGUCAAAGAUCUAUUCCAUCGUGGUCGGAUAG